AUGUGGACCAGUGAUUCCAGUGACAGUGAGACAGCACUGGCAUGCCCGUCCGGAGGAGAGCACGAGACACAGACGUGGGCCAGCCAGCACGCCUCCAGUUCCUUUACAGAGGGAGAGUCAGACGAAGAGCUCCAAGCCUUCAUCAGGAUGAGAGACCAGGCUGACAAGGCCACGGAGGAGUGGGAGAAGCUGAACUAUGACAUUCACUCGUUGCGGUGUACUCGGAGAGAGGUGUGCACACGCUGGAAGAAGAUUCUGUUGCAGUUGGGUUACCAGAAGGAGGUGGAUUCUCUGUUGAGGGUGAAUAAACAGACAGUCCUAGGUGACUGGGAGAACGCGGAGAGGGCCAGGGAGCUGAUGGAGAUCCUGUGUGAGGACUCUGGCCUGUUUCCCAGAGGAGUGAGCCCUAAUGAGAGAUACUUCUUCAUCAUGGAUCGCUUGGUUUCUCUGGACAGCGCAGACGAUUUUGUCCGACUGGCGAAGGAGAAAUAUCCCAAGACAGAGCCAUAA